UAGGCAUUUUAUUGGAAUUUUAGCCUAGGGCAUGGUAUAUACGAACAAAUUGAAUGACGGCGUCUCAGUCUGAGAUUUUGUCCACAGAUAGGUCAAUCGAUGAUUAGAAUAUCGUGAAAAUUUCAGCUCAAAAGAAGAUUUCAUUCCCGAGAUACUAAAGUCCCAUAAAAACAGAAAAUCCUAGCAUUUGUUGUCCUAUAUGAGUCAUUUUUGGGACAUUAAUAUCUAGGGAAGGAAAUCUUCUUUUGAGCUGAAAUUUUCACGGUAUUCUAAUCAUCAAUUGACCUAUUCCGUGGACAAAAUCUCAGACUGAGACACCGUCAUUGAAUGUGUUCGUAUAUACCAUGCCCUAGGCUAAAAUUCCAAUAAAAUGCCUAUAACUCUUGACAGAAGGCCUAAGGGGAUUCAAAUAUCUUGAGGUUUUUCAUACCUCACUAGAGUCUAUCUUAUGCACAAAGUACGAACUCAAAAGGAAUUUGAUAGUUGCAAACGUUCCCUCGUAAGUACAAAGAUAAAUAAUAGAUUUCUCUUUAUUUUAUAAACUAAAGAUACUUAAAUAGGUCAAAUAUAUUGAAAAAAAAAAGUGUAUAUUUCUCUUUAAAAUCGAAAAAAUAAAUUUGUUCUCUAUAUCUAGAAGAGUAAAAAAGUCUGUAUUACGAUAUAAUCAUGGAAUAUUUUUUUAUAAGAUAAUUAAUUGAUAUUAAAAUUGUUUUAAUAGUCUUAUAAUUGUAAACAAGAAUCAAAUGAUGAAAGAAAAUCAAUGCAUUAUUUUGAUCAUGUUUUCGAAAGUGAAAUAAAUCAAGCAAUUAAACUUACUGAAGAAGCUUAUGAAAAUAUGUUAUAUAAAGAAGUAGUAAAACAUGGCUUUUUUCAACUUCUAAACAGUCGAGAUAAUUAUCGAGAAUUUUGUUCAGGAAUUGAAAAAAUGAAUAUUUCAUUAAUAAAACGUUUUAUUGAAGUUCAAACACUUCUUUUGGCACCGAUUUGUCCACAUGUUUGUGAUUAUGUUUAUCAAUUAUUGUAUCCAAAUAAAUCAAUUAUGGAAGCUAAAUGGCCAACACCCGGUAAAAUUGAUCAAUCAUUAAUCGAUUCUUGUAAUUAUCUUAUAAAUACUGUACAUUAUUUUCGUAAUCGUUCAAAAAUAUUGACGACACAACAAAAUAAAAAAUAUAAUGUAGCAGUUAUUUAUGUUGCUUGUAAUUAUCCUCGAUGGCAAAUAUUUGUUAUUAAUCAAUUAAAAAUAUUUUUUAAAGAAAAUUUAUCAUUUCCAGAUAAUAAAAUUUUAUCAUCAUAUUUUAAAGAUCGACAAGAAAUUGAUAAAAAAUAUGCAAAAAAAGUUAUGCCUUUUGUCACUUAUUGUCAACAAUUAGUAAAAGAAGCAAAUAAUAAUAUUAAUAUAUUAGAUCAACAUUUAUCAUUUAAUGAAUAUGAAAUUCUUGUACAUAAUCAACAAUAUAUUCAAAGAUCAUUAAAACUUGAUGAAUUAGAAAUUAAAGUAAUUGAUGAAGAAGACACAAUAAAUAUAAACAAUCUAGAUGAUGUUAUACCAGGUAAACCACUUAUUCAAUUUUUUUCGAAAUCUUCGAUUGACGAAUCAUCAUCAUCAUCAAAAUUAAACAAACAAUAA